AUGGGUUCUUUUCUCUGGGCUCGAAGCUCUGGGCAGCGCUGGAGUGCUGCUGGGUCUUUGUGGGGCUGGGCAGUUUCAAGGCUACACUCGGACUGGACAGCACGGUUCUUUCGAGACAAUGAGGAGACGCUGGUCCUGACUCUCAAAGAUGAGUUGAGCCAAACCUACAGUGAGGACAACAGAUUGUCCAGUAGCACUAAUCCAUAUAUUGAUGAGCGUAAAAGAAACCAGACAUCAACAGGAAACAGUCUGGUUCUGACACAAAAAGAUGACUCUGCUUUGGGGGAGAAAUCAGCUCCUAACAUGACGAGAUCUGCCUCCACCGUCAGACAAAAGAGUUCAGCCUUUAAAGACACCAAAGAAGUUAUAUCCACUGGAACCAAAGCUGUCACCAUGACUUCAGCCGUUUCCACAGCAGACACUAGCAGCUGUGACAAAGAAAAAAAAAUGUCUGAGACAAAAGUUGACAAGAAUGAUGAGAGUGCAAGAUUCAACCAAAACCACAGGAACAUGAAGGAGUCCUGCAGGUUGGCUGGGUCACCCAGAGGGGAUGUGUUCAAACUAAGAAUUUCUGAAGAUGCAGAGGAGACGAAACAAGGAGAGGAAACUGUGGUCCUUACUUCCAAACUUUUUACCAGCUAUCCAGAGGAACAUGUGAGCACAAGUUGGGCUACUCUAGUUCAGAGUCCCAGUACCAGUCUCACAAAUCUUAAUCCAACUCCCACCAUCACUGCCUGGGAAGCUGGCUGGAAUGUCACAAAUGCAAUACAGGGCAUCUUUGUGCUGGGUUUGCCCUUUGCUGUGGUCCAGUCGGGUUAUGUUGGUCUGGCUCUGCUGGUUCUAUCUGCCUGGGUCUGUAACCACACAGGAAGGAGCCUGGUUGCAUGUUUGUAUGAAGAAGAACAAAGUGGAGAGUCCAGCUCUGUGUCAAAUGUUCGAGUCCGAAACAGCUACCAGGAUGUUAUGGAAGCGUGCUGCAAAGGACUGUGGCCUAACUGGGUGGGAGUGGGAGGAUGGAUGGUUAACGUAGCCCAGGUUGUUGAACUGCUGAUGACCUGCACCCUGUACCUGCUCGUCUCCACCAGCCUGUUGUGCGAUAGUCUGUCAGGAGUGGCUCUCCCCAGAUCUGUGUGUUCACUGGUAUCUCUGAUGUUUCUUCUGCCCUGCCUGCUUCUAACUGAUCUCAGACCAGUCUCCACUCUCAGCCUGCUCUGCUCCCUGGCUCACAUUCUGAUAAGCCUGUUGGUCAUGCUGUACUGUCUGAGUUGCGCCAGCAGCUGGUCUUGGUCUUCUCUGUCUCUGUCGGUGGACCCAGAGGACUUCAUUGUCUCUGUAGGUGUCAUCAUCUUCUCCUACACAUCACAGAUCUUCCUCCCUCCUCUGGAAGGCAGCAUGGAGGACAGAGGGCAGUUCAAUGCCAUGUUGGGGUGGACCCAUGGAGCCGCUUGCAUUAUGAAAACAUUGUUUUCCUUGCUGGCGGUGUUGACCUGGGGGACAAAGACCAGUGAAGUCAUAACUGACAACCUGCCCUCUAACCUUCGGCCUGUGGUCAACUUGUGUCUGCUGGCUAAAGCCCUGCUGUCCUACCCUCUACCCUUCUACGCUGCUGCUGAGAUACUGCAGACCUGUUUGCUUAAAGAUGCUCCAGUCUUAUUUUACUCCAAAAAUGGAGACAGAGGAUUGUCUCAUCCAGCCCUGAUGGUUCGUGGUGCCCUGUUGGUGACAUCAUACGUACUGGCCCUGCUGGUGCCCAGGUUUUCCCUGUUGAUGGGUUUGACGGGAAGUGUGACCGGGGCAACAAUGACGCUAAUACUGCCGUGCCUGUUUCACCUGAGACUAAAGUGGGGGCAACUUACUGUUAGAGAUCGGCUGAUAGAUGUGGGCAUACUCAGUAUGGGGGUCAUAUGCAGUGUUUCUGGUAUGAUUUGUUCAGUGAAAAGACUGGUGGAAGGAUUGUAA